AACGGUGUUAGCUUUAGCUUAGCUUGAUGUCUGUGUGCUUGUGUAUAUGUACGUAUUUCAUUUACUGGCUGUGCUGAAAAAGAAGACGAAGCGGAAGAUACCAUGCCCAGCAUUUAAAACAUUACAUUUUGAUAAAGUAAACGCCUCCUAGGAGAAAGACAUGCCUUAAUGUAUUUCAUACCUGUGUCCAACGUCGAGGUGCGAUCUCGUCCCUGUCCAAGUCUGUUGAAGCAUGCAACAAGAAUGCAGCCCCUAAACAGAAGAGAUGCUGGAGUCUGGCAUCAAACGAGGAGCCUGUUGUACAAGAAUCUACUGAUCAAAUGGAGAACCAAGCAACAAAGUCUGCAGGAGCUGAUCCUUCCUCUGCUCCUUUUGGGCCUCCUUAUUCUCAUCAGUACCCUAAAUCCUCACAUCUCGUAUGGUAGUAUCAGUACUACUGAGCUAGAAGAUGAUGCAUACCUAUCACUUAAAGGCCUGGGAUACACCCCGAUUACAAAUGUCACCAGUCAGAUUAUGGAGGAUGUGGCACAAGAGUUACAUAUGCAAGACCGCUUAGAGAUGUUCUCUACUGAGGAAGACCUAGAGAAUGCUAGCCUCUAUGAACCCCUAGGCUAUGUGGGAGUGGUGUUCCUUGAUAACUUGUCCUACCGGCUACGAUUCCCAUACAACCAGCUUCCUCCACCUAGUGACUACACUGAGUCCAUAGCAAACUGCUACGCCAACUAUUUGAACUGCCCGUGCAGCACUACUAGGUACUCUGGGUUUAUACGCUUGCAGUCACAUGAUGCGGCUAUCAUCCAGAUGCAGACGAAGCGUUCAGUGUGGAGAGAACUGACUGUACGUGUGGUGAUGAUGGGUCAUCCGGGCUCAGUGGAGGUCCAGAAGUUCCCACAUGCACUCAUCUCCAUAUAUCUGGUGCUGGCCUUCACACCAUUCGUCUCUUUCCUCAUUGUAAAUGUUGCGGCUGAGAAGGAGCAUCGGCUCAAAGAUACGAUGAGCAUGAUGGGGCUGUAUGACACAGCAUUUUGGCUCUCCUGGGGUCUUCUAUAUGCUGCUCUGGUGACGACAAUGUCUGUUCUCAUGGCUGUUAUCGCUACAUGGACACCUCUAUUCUCCAACAGCAACUUUCUUGUCAUCUUCCUUCUAAUAUUUCUCUAUGGAAUAUCGACAAUUUUCUUUUCCUUCAUGUUGACUCCUCUGUUUAAGAAGCCCAAGUUUGCGAGUACAAUGGGCUCCAUGCUGACACUGGUUUUUGGCUGUCUGUCUCUGUUUACUGUGCUGAUGAGGGAUUUCCCCCAGCCAGCUGUCUGGGUGCUUUGUCUACUGUCCCCCCAGUGCUUCUCCAUCGGCAUUGCCCAGGUGGUGUAUCUGGAGGCCCAAGGAGAUGGUGCUGUGUUCUCCACUCUGGCUAAUGGCCCUCAUGCACUGUAUGUGCCACUGCUGAUGCUGUUUGUAGACUGCAUCCUCUAUCUGCUGCUCGCUGUUUACCUAGACCAGGUGAUGCCAGGGGAGUUUGGAAUGAGACGUUCUGUGAUUUACUUCCUGAAACCUUCCUAUUGGACGACACGCAGCAAGCGCUAUGUGGAAGUGAGCUCCGUCUACGAGGUAGAGGUGAAUGGAACUCCUACAGUUGACGAAUCUGUGGAGCCUGUAUCUCCAGAGUUUAGAGGCAAGGAGGCCAUCAGGAUCUGCAACAUCCGCAAAACCUAUAAAGAGAAGGACAACACAGUGGAGGCACUAAGAGGUUUGACUUUCGACAUUUACGAGGGUCAAAUCACAGCUCUGUUGGGUCACAGUGGAGCAGGGAAAUCUACACUUAUGAACAUCCUGUGUGGCAUCUGUCCUCCAACAGAAGGCUCUGCUACCAUCUAUGGCUCCCCGGUGGCUAAAAUAGCGGAUGGGGCUGAGAUGAAGCAGCUUGUGGGGAUCUGCCCCCAGUUCAACAUAAUCUUUGAUGUGCUCACAGUAGAAGAGCACCUCAGGAUCUUUGCAGCCAUAAAAGGCAUUCUGCCCUGUGAUAUUGAUAGUGAGGUUAGGAAAGUUUUGAAGGAUCUGGACUUGGAGAAGAUCAUGGAUGCACAGGCCAAGAACCUGAGUGGAGGCCAGAAAAGGAAGCUGUCUGUGGGCAUUGCCAUUCUAGGAGAUCCUAAGAUCCUGCUUCUUGAUGAGCCCACAGCAGGCAUGGACCCAGUGUCACGCCACCAGGUAUGGUCUCUCCUGAAGAGUCGACGAGCAGGCAGAGUUACUGUCCUCAGCACACACUAUAUGGAUGAGGCAGAUAUACUUGCAGAUCGUAAAGCAGUCAUCUCUCAAGGUCAGCUGAAAUGUGUGGGCUCUUCUCUCUACCUCAAAACCAAGUGUGGAGUUGGAUACCACCUCAGGAUGUCUGUGACUGAAGUCUGUGAGGUAGACAGCCUCGCAUCAUUGGUCAAGCAACAUGUUCCGAAGGCUCAGUUGUCACGGCAACAGGAGGCUGAGCUCACAUUCACACUGCCUUUUGAAAGCAUGGAAACGUUUCCAGGGCUUUUUGCUGAGCUGGACUGUAGGCCAGAUCUGGGCAUCAUUAACUAUGGUGUUUCCAUGACGACGUUAGAAGAUGUGUUUUUACGUCUGGAGGCGGAAGCUGAAGUGGACCAAGCAGACUACAGUGUAUUUAACCAGGAUAAGGUAGAAGAGGAAGGUGAUGCAUCUUCUCUGGAUGACAUGGACCAGAGGCUGCUGACCUUCUCAGAGAGCAGGCAGGAUGCAGUGAAGGGCCAUGCCCUGUGGAGACAGCAAUUCAGCACUGUAGCCUGGCUCCAUAUGCUUAACCUGCAGAGAGAGAGAAAACCCAUCAUCUAUAAUGUGACGCUAUUCCUGGUCUUCUUGACUGCGGUGCUAGUUCUUUCACUGGCUACUGGGAAUAUUCAGAUCCACUCCCCUGACAGACGGUUCCAGCCUAUCUACCUGCUCCACCGAAAUGAAGCCUCUCACAAAUAUGCCACCAGCUUGCUCGUGCUAAACUCAUCUGACUCUGAUAUAUCAGGCUUUGUUCAUAAUCUGGAAGCUCAGGACAUUAAGGUGGAAAUGAUGAGGAAACCGGACUACAUGUCUGCUGCACCUCAUAGUGCUGCCAUCAAUGUAACAGGCUCCAGUAAGGGUUUCAGUUACAUUUUAGCCUUUAACAGCACCACAGUGCACUCUCUGCCCAUGGCGGUGAAUGUGCUUAGUAAUGCCCUACUCAGAGGCUUCAAUGGUACUGGGCAUAUCAGCACCUGGUCCAAACCCUUUGACUAUCAAAUUCCAGACUCGACGUCUUAUGCUCUAGUUUAUAUUGAGGCUGUGAUACUGGGUAUGCUGGCAGCUGGUAUGCCAGCCUAUUUUGCAAUGGACCACACACGAGAUCGAGAGAUAAAGUGUCGUUCAACGCUGAGGAUUUCUGGUAUGGUGCCAUCUGCAUACUGGUGUGGGCAGGCUGCUGUAGAUAUCCCAUUCUACUACCUCAUCCUCAUCUGCAUGACGAGCACGCUGUUCGCCUUCCACUCCACAAACCUUCUGUCGAACAGCAACAUCAUGUCUGUGAUUCUCUGUCUAAUAGGAUUUGGACCCGCCAUGAUCCUCUUCACAUAUUGCAUCUCAUUCAUGUUUGCCAAAGUCCAGAGCAACAGAGACUUCUUCUCUGUCGUCUCUAUGAUGGUGUGUGUAGUCUCUGCCUCCAUGGUCCAGCUGGCCUUUGUGAAUGAUAAUCCUGGCCUAACACGUGCUCUACAUAACACACUGUGUUUCUUCAAUCCAUUAUACCCCUUGAUUGCCUGUCUCAACUGCAUAACCAAGGCUACCUUUCUUCUGUCUUUCCAUGAGGAGUUCCUGUGGAAGAAUCUACUUAUUGCUGUUAUAGCUCCCUACCUCCAAUGCAUUCUGCUGCUCUUCUUGCUGCGGUGGUUAGAGAUCCGCUAUGGAGGCCAAACUAUGAAGAAUGACCAACUGUGCAGAAUCUCUUCUAAAGCCAACUGCAAAGUGCAGCGGAACCCAGAGGAAAAUGAGGAUGAGGAUGAGGAUAUUCUGGUGGAGAAGGCUCGAGUGAAGGAGGCCCUUACUUGUCAGUGCUGUGAAGAGAAACCUGUGGUGGUAGUGAGUAACUUGCGUAAGCAGUACUCUGGCAAGAAAGAAGGCUUCUCCCUUGGAAAGAGAAGAAAGGUGGCUGCUAAAAAUAUUUCCUUCUGUGUCAGAAAAGGUGAGGUGCUGGGACUUCUGGGGCCUAAUGGAGCAGGGAAGAGCACGAUCAUGCACAUGCUCUCAGGAGACACAAAUCCCACUGCAGGACAAAUUUUGAUGGGAGACUACAGCACAGAGUUCAGGCCGGUGGAUAACCCGCUUGAGCAUGUAGGCUACUGCCCUCAGGUGAACCCUCUCUGGCCUAGGGUCACCCUACAAGAGCACCUCCAGAUCUAUGCUGCCAUUAAGGGCUUACGCCACAAUGAUGUACCAAACAUCAUCAGACGAGUGGUUAAUGCUCUGGAGUUAAAGGAGCAUCUUCAUAAACAGGCUAAAAACCUGUCUGCAGGCCUCAAGAGAAAGUUAUGCUUCGCUCUAAGCAUGCUGGGGAAUCCACAGAUUGUGCUUCUUGAUGAGCCCUCAUCUGGUAUGGACCCCAAAUCUAAGCAGCGCAUGUGGAGAGCGAUACGUGCUGCUUUUAAGAACAAACAGCGUGGUGCCAUCCUGACCACUCACUACAUGGAAGAGGCAGAAGCUGUGUGUGAUCGAGUGGCCAUCAUGGUUUCUGGCCAGCUACGGUGCAUUGGCUCCAUACAACACCUAAAGGCUAAGUAUGGUCGAGGCUAUAGUCUUGAGAUUAAGCUACGAGAAGAGCUUACAGGCCUCCAGCAGGUGGCACUACUGCACAAGGAGAUACUAAGAAUCUUCCCUCAUGCUGCACGUCAGGAGAGCUUUGCAACUCUGAUGGUUUAUAAGAUUCCAAUGGAGGAUGUAAAAUCACUAGCCCAGGCUUUCUCUCGGUUAGAGAGUGCUAAGCAGAACUUCAACUUUGAAGAGUAUAACUUUUCUCAGUGCACACUGGAGCAGGUUUUUAUGGAGUUUGCUAAAGAGCAGGAGAAUGAAGAGGAAGAAGUGGGCUCUCUCAGCACCACCUUCCAGUGGCAGCGGCUCCGUCAGGAUGGCUCGGCGUCCUUCAAUCACACUGACAGCAUUGUGCACCAGCUGUGAGCCCUUUCAGCUCUCUGUCUCUCUCACUCCUUCCCUGUCUCUCUCCUUCUCUUUGUACAUGUGCCACUCUCCUCACUCCAGAUAAUGAGUGCCCCCAUACGAGGUGCACACUGAUGAGGGUCCAAAGGCCCAUGGAGUUGGUACAGGCACUGACACACCCAGAGUGAUGGCAUCAUGUGUGUCUCAGCUGACUUGCAUCCUAGCAUUGUGGUAUUUUAUCCCAUUUUUUUGAGGAGUUUUAUUAUUGAGAUUCUCACCCAGUAGGAGGUGCACUAUCUAUGAUAAACUUUUGUUUCGUUAUUCACUGGCCUUGGUGAACAAGUGUCUCAUUCUUACCCUCCUGCUGUUGUGACAUAUGUGUUGAAUCAAUCACAAAUAAAGAAACAAACACUUGGAAAAGAUCUCAUGCCAUCAGGGACCAUGACGGAACCAAAGCAUUGUAUCUGCAGUCUAACCACCCCAAUGCUUGCUCACUUCAACACUAAAAAGGUGCUUUUGGUGUCUGUAGCAUGAGGUCCAUUGCUAGUUCUGUUGUAUAUAGAUAUGGAACAAUAGAAAGGAAAUCAAGACGUUUUCUUUUUGCUUGAGGAUUUGUUGCAUGUGCUUGACCCUUUCCAAGCACAGGGAGUUGCCGAGGGAGAAACGUCAUCUAGCUGCAUUGCUCAGCCUUGAAGGUGGCGCAUAUAUACAUUUUUUUUUUUUUUUUUUUGGCCUCGUUGGAGUACCACAGCACAGCUGCUGAGAUAUACCAGCAUGUGGAGAGACUCUGCUUCACAACCCCACCAAUGGUGGCCUGCCACCCAGACAUGCUGAGCUUCCUCCAUCUCUGCUGCAACAGAGGAGCUCUUGAACUCCUCUCCUCAAACACCAGCACACGUUUCAGGGCCUGCAACCGUGGCCAGCUCUCCAAAGACUAAGGCCUGAUGAUAAGGCAUGGACCUGUACAGACCAAUUGGGUCUCUAUGGCAAGAAAAAAAAUACACAAAUAUAAGAGCUUUCCCCCCUCUUUGUCAGUGUCUUUGUCUGGCUUUAUUCUUUUUAUGUUUUUUUUUUUUUUUUUUUUUUUUUUUUUUUUGUCCUUAAUUUUAACUUGCCUGGUGGCCUUCCUUUGGAGGAGUUUAAAUGUCCAAGAUGAUUGAGACAAUACAUUGAGAAUGUAGUUCCCAUGCACUCUGCUUAGACGCAUGUAGCACUCCAGAUUUAUCAGAAACUGAAACACAGCCUUGAAGCAAUGCGGAAGACUUUGAAGUGAGAGGUCUCUUUCCUGUUUCCAUUUUAAUUAUUUAAAAGGUGAUUACUUGUGAGCGAGGCCUUGAACACAUGAUAGUAAUAUGAUGCGGUUUUGUUUAUAAGUACUGUUUAUGUGUUUAAAGUUGUUUUAUCAUACUGUUGUAGCAAAGGUUAAGUUCCUAAAAGCUUUACAGUGAAGAAUUUACUUUUAAAUGCGGGUUUGAGAUGCACCUUUUUUAUGCUGCAUAUUAAGAGUUUAUCUCCUUUUUUCCCGUCUUUUUUUGUUGAGUUUUUGGAAUAUAAGCAUUUGGUGGAGGUAAGGGUUAACUGUGGUUAGUAUUGAGUUUUUGGCACAUAUCCAAACACAGCACGACACAAAAAUAAAUCCAAGACCAUCUUCAGCUGACAAGUGACAGUUUAACAGACUGAUGUAGAAUUCUAAAAAGUUCUGAAAAAAAAAAAGGAACAAGCAGAUGAUUGCUAGAUGUUAUUUUUAAAGCUGCUUGUGUUGCAUCCAGAUUGUUGUGGAGUUUUCAAUAAAGUGUUAUACUUUUUAAAUCUUAAUUCCUGUAGAAAAUGUCUGCCUUGGUCUUCAUGCAUUGUAUGUUGUAGAGAGGUAUGGAGAUGUCAUGUUUCUGUCAGAGUUCUGACCUCCAGAUGUGUUGCUAAAGCUCAGUUUACGAUUUAUACAUUAGAGCUCUUAACUGAAUUGUUGUAUCAUACUUAAUUUUGUAAAUGGUGGGAAAGUUUCCCUCCUAUAGAUACCACUUUUAAUCUGAUUAGCAGUAGAGUUACAGAACAAAUUAAUGUUGUUACCGUUUUCAUGUCCAGAUUGCAUUUUCUGGAAUGGUUGUUGUAUAGUAUAGAAAAUCCCCAUCAGACUCUGUUUCAACCCGAAUUCUGAUUGGCCAGAAUGAGCUUCAAGCUGUGAAACUCAACCGAUCCAUUGUUCUCUAUUGCACCUUGAAUCUUGUCUAAAAGUCAUUGCUUUAGCCAGGUGGUCUCUCAGACAAGGUGCUGCUUAAGGAUGUUGCGGGUUAAUUUGUUUGUAGAAAAUUGUUGAUGUCUGUUUUGGCUUAUUUAGGAGUUGCUAAUCUUUUGUACAUAUACAGUAUUUUUCUCCUCACUCCCCAAUAAAACAAACAGGUUUUGGGGUACAGCUCUCCCUGAAUGUGGGAAUAAGGAAGUUGUAACAGCCUGCUUGAACCAGUCCUCAAAAAUUGUAAUCUGUGUUAAGGUGGUGCAUUGUGUUGAAUUUAGUAUGUCUGUAUACAAUAUUUUAUUUAUGCUAAAUUUGGGUUUUGGAGGGCUUUUAAAAUAUUUAUACUUAAAAUAUUUACACUUCACUAACUCCAGCUGCAUAAUACAGACUUUUGUCAUUGACUUCACCAAUUUUAUUUGUAAAACUUUUUAAGAGGCAGCAAAUUAUUAUUAUGAUCAUUUUUAAACACUUUUCCCAUAAUUCCAGGAGCAGUGUAUUCAAAGCAGUGAGACCAGUUCACAUGAGAGAAGCUGUGUGCUUUUAGCAUCUGCAAAAAAUUAUAAUAAAAUCAGUAAUUUGAUGUGGAUGUUUUGGAAGUUGUUGGAAUUGUUCUCCUUAGUAUGAUGGUAUUGCUUUUGUUUGUGAAGUGCAUGGGAGUGGUGAGUUGCUAUUUUUUUUUUUUUUUUUUUUUUUUACACUAAAUGAGCUUUAUUUUUGCACAAAUGUAGCCUCUUAUACUGGUAUGGUAGAACAUCUCAGUGACGUUGAUUUUCCUUUCUUGUAUUCAGGUUGGGUUGGGGUAUGUCCGGUGAAAUCUAUCUUUAACCGAAAUACUAAUUUCCUCCAAAGUGCAAUAUAUGAAUACCUGUUGUGUCUGUGUGGUCACUGCUUUCUGUAAAAGGUGUGUCAUGGCUAACUGCAAUAUCGAUGUUGUCUUUUUUGUGAACUCAGAAUUGUCUUGCAGUAAAAUGUAGCCACUAUUAUGUAACCUUGUAGAACACUUUUGCUUUGCACUCUCUUAAUUUAGUGCCCGGGUCCUUGAGAAAAAAAAAUAGAGAUUUGAAAAAAUGUUAUUAGAAAAUUUGUGAUUUGCACAAUUUGGAAGCAAAUUGAGUUCAUCCACUGGCUGAUCUGGUUCACUUUAAUGCAAGGAUUGCACAGAGAUCAGGUUUUAUUAGCCCUUUAUUUUUAGAGCUCAGAUUCAGUGAUGCCUCAUUGAUCUCCUUAGGUUGGAUAACAUAAAGCAGUAUUUAUGUUUGAAGGUAUGUGAUGUGUAACUGCUUCUGGACACCUGAGAAACAUUUUUGUUUCUGUUGAAUUGAUUUGCUGUAUUAUGCAAUCUUUAUAAGAAGUGCGCACUGUUUUUCUAGAAACUGUUGUUGUACCACGUGACCUGAUGUGCUUGUUAUUCAUUUUGUGCUGGUUUACAUACACAUAACACAGUCCAUUUCUUCAGCCCUUGUGUGUUGAGAAGCCAAUCUAUGUAAAGCAUUUACCCCAGAGGAUUGAAAUAAAGAAAUUUAUGAAAACCCCA